GCCUCUUUUUUCCCCUAAAUCUCGCGUGCUGCCUCCUGCGCUCGGGCUGCUCCGCACCCGUGCGCCUCCGAUCCGGCGGCGGGGACAUCGAUUUGGUGCGAUUCGUGGGCGGAGGGAUCGGCCGGUGCCGCGGGGACCUGCGGAUCGAGCUCCGGGUCGCCGGAUUCGGCCGCGUGGGACGAGGGGACGAGACCUAGGGUAUCGUAGUUUGUGACGCGGUUGGCGCCGGAGGAGGUGGGGGGUGAUUUUCGGAGGCGGCGAGGUCGCACAUGCGCGUGACGGUCACGCCCAAGGACGAGGAGAGGCUGGUCGGGUUGAUGGUGCGGGAGUGGGAGCGGGAGCGGCCGCGGUCGGCGGUGAUGGCGGCGGGCGGGGACCUUGUUACUGCCGGCGGCGGGGAGGGGUCGGACGGGGACUCGUCGGCGUCGCUGGAGGAGAUCAGCGCCGACGACUUCAGAAAGGACUCGUCUUCCGGCGGCGGCGGGUUAGGGGCCGGUGCGGCGGCGCCGAGAUCUAGGUCUUGGAUGGGGCCGCCGCCGGCCAUGGGGUACAUGUCGCGGAGCUACGCGCCGGCGUUCCACAGCUUCGCUUGGGCGCAGGCCGUGCAGAAGAAGCCGCUUGUGCCGAGCCCGGCUGCGGACGAGGACGAGGUGGAGCACGCCGUGGACGCCUCCGACGAGGAGAAGGAAGAGGGCGAGAUCGAGGAGGGGGAGGCGGUUGAGAGCCCCCCUCUUGCACAGCCCGAGACCAUCGACCUGGACUCUGACGCGCCGGAGAAGUCUGAAUCAGUGGCUGUGGAGGGGAGUGGCAAUGAUGCCCUUGCCACUGCCGCCGAGGACGAGGAGGUGGACUUUGACCAGCGCGUGGGGAGUAUACUGGAGGAGCUGGAGAUGGUCUCCAUUGAAGAAGCCGAGAAGUCGUUUGAGGGCACCUGCUCACGCCUGCGCAAGUGCUUCGAGAGCCUGAAGCCGCUGUUCCCAGACCCGGAGAACGGGAGCCCGAUGCCCAUGCUUGAGCCCCUCGUGCAGCAGGCGUUUGUUGGAAUUGACACCCUCACCACUGUGGCAAAUUCAUAUAACAUGCCAAGGAGGGAGCAGAACAAGACCAUGCUCUUGAAGUUGUUGUUCCACAUAAAGAACCAAUAUUCAGCUAUGCUGAUGCCUGACCAGCGAGAUGAGCUGGACAGCCGUGUCAGGCAGUUAGUUUUUGAGGAAAAAGACGAUGUCAGUGACACAAGUGCCAAUGGCGGUGCGAAACCAAUGAAUGUUUCAGCUCCAUCUGGGCAGGUUUCAUCAGGGAGACUACCAUUUGAAAUAGGAGCAGCAAAUCUGUUUAGUGGUCCUAGCUUGCCAAGGUUGGAAAUACCUUCAAAAAGGGUUAGUCCCUUGUUGGAUCUUCAUGCAGAUUAUGACGAGAACAACUUACCAUCGCCCACCCGGGAUAGUGCACCAGCUUUUCCUGUGCCGAAGCCCAUUGGAUUUGGAGCGUUUCCAAUGGCACCUGAGAAACCAUCUUUCCCAGAAAGAGUUGAGCCUGCAAAGAAUUUGUUGUAUCUGUCCUUAAAUGAUCCUCUGAUGGCUGUUUCCUCUUACCAGCAGAAGUAUGGACAGAAAUCUGCCUUUCCAAGUGAUGAUCUGCCAAGUCCAACUCCUUCUGGUGAUGAGGGUAAAUCUGCAGACAAAGGUGGUGACAUAUUUGGUGAGGUUUCCAGCUUCCCAUUUCCAAAGAAGACUGCAGUGCCAAGUACAAGUCAGAUGUCUGCCUCUCGACCUAGCACAGUUGGCAACAUCAAUGGUAAUUAUGCACCUGGUUAUGCUAAACAAACUGAGCAGUUGGCUACAGGACCAAUUCAUGUACCAAAAGCUACAUCUAAAAGUAGGGAUCCAAGGCUCAGGUUUUUGAACCGUGAUUCUGCUGGUGCUACAGAUGCAAAUUGGCAUCCAAAUUUUGCAGAACCGAGGGAUGGAAACUUGGGUCGAGUAUCAGUUAAUAACCGCAAACACAAAGCGGUUGAUGAACCUCAGGUGGAUGAAAAUGCACUAAAAAGAAUUAGGAGUGGUACUGGGGAUCCAAGAAACAUGCUGGUGCCAACAGGAAAUGCUAAUCCUUAUCUUAGAACAGAUAAUCAGCUUAUUAACAACACAGGCGCUACCACAAUGAGUAGCGGAACAAACACCAAAAUUUUGCAACCCCCUCAAACUACUGCUCCACAAAUCAGUGCAGCUCCUGACAUUUCGUUGCCUUCUGUAUUAAAGGACAUUGCUGUGAACCCAACAGUGCUAAUGCAUUGGAUUCAAAUGGAACAGCAGAAGAAGUCAGCAUCAGAACCUCAGCUGAAGGUACUUGCUCCGGGUGGCGUGUCUAGUGGCAUGACCAGUAUUGUAACUGCUGGCAUGGUUCUACCACCUGGUAGUGCUCAUAAGAUCACAGAAGCUGCACAAAUUCCCUCUGUUAGGCCACAAAUUCCCAUGCAGACACCUCUUUUGAACCCACAAAACGAUGCUGCAGUAAUACGUAUGAAGCCCCGUGAUCCCCGGCGAAUCCUCCAUAAUAAUAUAGCACAGAAGAGUGAUAUGGUGGGCUCGGAGCAAGCCAAAGCUAAUGGAAUUACCCAGCCGGACUCUCAGGGCAGCAAAGACCAUUUGACCACCUGUGAACAACAGGCAGAGCAACAUCAGACUAAUUCAUGGCCUAUUCAACCAGUCUUGUUGUCCAACACUACACGGCAAUUCACCGUUAACACAAAAACUGUUGAUCCCGUCUCAAAUUCACAGUUAGCUGCUACAACACUUAUGGUCCCUACACAACAAACUUCAGACAGCAUAAACAGGGCAGAUCCAAGACAAGUAGUUGGACCGAAUGAUCCAAACGCUGAUGCGUCAACAAAUGCUGCUCCUACAACAGCACUUGAAGCUGUGCCAGUUAACCCAUGGGGUGAUGUUGAUCAUCUCCUUGAUGGUUAUGAUGACCAGCAGAAGUCUCUGAUACAGAUGGAAAGGGCAAGAAGGAUCAUGGAGCAACGGAAUAUGUUUUCAGCGCGGAAGCUAUGCUUAGUCCUUGACUUGGAUCACACACUCCUUAAUUCUGCGAAGUUUAAUGAAGUGGACCCUAUUCAUGAAGAGAUUUUGCGAAAGAAAGAGGAACAAGACAGGUCUUUGCCAGAACGCCAUCUAUAUCGUUUCCAGCAUAUGGCAAUGUGGACCAAACUGAGACCAGGAAUAUGGAACUUCCUUGAGAAGGCAAGUAAACUUUUUGAGUUGCAUCUAUACACAAUGGGGAAUAAGCUGUAUGCUACUGAGAUGGCCAAGGUUCUUGACCCUAAAGGUAGGUUGUUUGCUGGGCGAGUCAUCUCAAGAGGUGAUGAUGGUGAUCCUUAUGACAGCGAUGAGCGAGUACCCAAAAGUAAAGAUCUUGAUGGGGUACUGGGGAUGGAAUCUGCAGUAGUGAUCAUAGAUGACUCUGUAAGAGUCUGGCCUCACAAUAAACACAGUUUGAUAGUUGUAGAGAGAUACACCUAUUUCCCCUGCAGCAGACGUCAAUUUGGCCUUCCUGGACCAUCACUUCUCGAAAUUGAUCGAGAUGAGAGGCCAGAGGAUGGUACUCUUGCUUCUUCACUGGCGGUUAUUGAGCGAAUCCACCAAAACUUCUUCUCUCACCCUAACCUCAACGAGGCUGAUGUGCGGAGCAUACUAGCAUCUGAACAGCAGAGGAUUCUUGCGGGUUGUCGCAUUGUCUUUAGCCGGGUUUUCCCGAUUGGUGAUACCAAGCCCCACUUGCAUCCUCUUUGGCAGACUGCAGAGCAGUUUGGUGCAGUCUGCACAAACCAGAUUGACGAUCGGGUUACUCAUGUUGUUGCCAACUCCCUUGGGACUGACAAGGUGAAUUGGGCACUGUCCGCAGGCAAAUUCGUGGUUCAUCCAGGAUGGGUAGAGGCUUCAGCGCUCUUGUACCGGCAUGCCAAUGAGCAUGACUUUGCAGUCAAAUAACACAUCCCCGAGCCCCCAUCCCCUAUCUAGGGUCCCGAGAUUCACCCUGGGAUGAGAUCUGGUCAUGAAAACUAAACAUGAUAAAACAACCAAACAACAUUCUAAAACCGGACCUAGUAAGAAGUAAGCCAAACCUCCAAAAGAAUUCAGGGCUAAACACAAAGGGUAACGAAAAUGCUUCAUGAUAGCAUAAAUGUCGGUGUCAUUAUCGAAGUGGUGGGUAUUUGGUUCAUAGUUGCUUUAGGAGCUAUCAAAGAAAUAUAGAUGCACUAAAAGCGAAAGAUGAACGGACGCUUACCUCCUCCCAUUUGUAACAUGUAAAAUUGGUGCAUUUCGGCAAGAGUCAUAGGUCCAGAUGUUGCCUAUGGCUGCAAGCCUGCCGCUGGCCGCAGAACUGGGGUUGGUAGCCGGCGCUGGUCACCCAUCAAAGUGGCAAGCAGGGCGGCAGCAAUCUUGGGAAUGAACGAGGCAAGCAUUUAUAUGUGUA